UUCUUCUUCUUCUCUCCCUCUCUCUCUCUAUUUCUCUCUCUAUCUCUCUCCAUAGCUGGGAAUGUCGACUCAAAAUCGUCGUUCGUCAACCUCGUCUUCUUCGUCGUCGACGAAGAGGCCAGCAAUGGAAAAUGCUGCAAAGGCUGCAGCGGGCCUUCGGUUGCAACCGAAGAAACGGCCCGCUCUCAGCAACUUAACCAAUCAGAGUAAUGUAGGUCGGAACCCCGUCCGAUCCUCGGCUAAUCAGGUGCUGUCUGUGUCUUCAGCCUCCAAGCUUAAAAAGGGAUCUUUUCCCCAUGUCAGCAAUACUGGUUUGCGUCAGAACUCUUCCAUUGCAUCAUCUGUUGUGAAGCCAGCCGCUUCAAUUUCUAAUAAGACUACUUCUCUCCCAAGAACCGAUGGUCCCACCACCAGUGUUGCUUCCCUUCUUGCACCUUGCAGUGCAACCAUAUCUUCCAAUCAGUCUGAUGGAGGUUCAGUUUCAAUGGAUGAAACCAUGUCUACUUGUGAUUCCUUGAAGAGUCCAGACAUUGAAUACAUAGACAAUGGUGAAGCUUCAGCAGUAGCUAGUUUAGAGAGGAGGACGUGUAAAAAUCUUUACAUUUCAGAACAUGCAGACACUGAAACAGGAGAUGAAUGGAAGAGAGAGAUCCUUACAGAGAUCGAAGCAAUUGAUAGAAUCAUUGAUGUUGAUGACAAUCACAAGGAUCCACAGUUGUGUGCAACAAUUGCUUGUGAUAUUUACAGGCACUUACGCUUAGCUGAGACCAAGAAAAGGCCUUCCAUUGACUUCAUGGAGGUUGUUCAGAAGGAUAUAAAUCCAAGCAUGCGUGCAAUUUUAAUCGAUUGGCUUGUGGAGGUAGCAGAAGAGUACAGGCUUGUACCUGAUACCUUAUAUUUGACAGUCAACUACAUCGACCGGUAUCUUUCUGGCAAUGCAAUGAACAGGCAACGGUUACAGUUGCUCGGUGUUGCGUGCAUGUUGAUAGCCUCUAAAUACGAGGAGAUUUGUGCCCCGCAGGUUGAAGAAUUUUGCUACAUAACUGAUAACACAUACUUCAAGGAUGAGGUCUUGCAAAUGGAAGCUUCUGUUUUGAGGUAUUUGAAGUUUGAGAUGACAGCACCAACCACUAAGUGUUUUUUGAGGCGAUUUGUCCAGGCAGCUCAAGGAAGCAAUGAGUUUCCACUGUUGCAGCUCGAGUUCCUGGGCAACUACCUUGCAGAGCUAUCACUCCUGGAGUACAGUUUUCUUCGUUUUUCUCCAUCUUUAAUAGCUGCAUCUGCGAUUUUCCUGGCAAAGUUUAUACUUGCGCCAUCCAAAAGACCUUGGAAUGCUACCAUGGGGCAUUAUACACUGUAUAAGCCCUCUGAGCUAUGCAGUUGUGUGAAGGAAUUGCACCAUCUUUUCUGUACCAGCUCCAGCAAUAGCUUACCGGCAAUCAGGGAGAAGUACAGUCAGCACAAGUACAAGUUCGUGGCGAAGAAAUACUGUCCUCCCACGGUGCCUUUGGACUAUUUCCUUGACUGAGCAGAGUGAGCAGUUCAGGAUACCACAAGUCGGGAGUGCACGUGCUCUGCUGCUUUUCCGCCGAUUCAGUUGCUUUUAACUGGCACUGCUGUAUCUUCUGGUGUAAACUACAACGCACACAUAUUUGUAGUUCAUUUGGCGUUUGGCUGUACAAGCACAUUUCAAAAUGGUAAUCUUAUCUGUGAGGUUGAUGUAGGAUUUGAGGGUGAUUUUCAGUUUUCAAUUUGAAACCCAAGCACAUGUGAACAUUGAUA